CGAAUCCAAAGAGAUAAUCUAAGGUUCUGGUUGAGAGGGCGCGCGGCAGUGCGUCAAUUCCUCGGUAGGACUAUGACCAAACUCAACUUGUUGGCAGCGUGGCUCAGUAUAGGCGAAAGUAGGCUGUGCCACGAUGCUAGUAUUGCUAUUGAUCGGGGCGCCUUUUUUAGGGACCUCACCACUGCCUCGUCAUCGCCCACCACGACGAGGGGCACGUUCCCGCUAAUGUACCGAUACUUGUUCUGUGAGGCCGCAGGGUUGAGUGACUCGCAGAAAAUUGCAGCGGUCGUUAGCAGCCUUGAGACGUUUCUCUGGCGCUUGACCGGAGGAAAAUGUCAGGAAUAG